ACGGAUAACAAAAGAAAAACAGCAGAGAAACAAAAAUAAAUUGAAGAGAAGAAGCCGACGGUUCUCUCUUCUCAUCAAAAUCCUCCAUUAACGUCGUCGCCAAAUUUUUUAUUUAUAUGAAUCCGAAUUCUGAAUUCAACUUCUUCUGAAUGAUGUCGAACAGUGGCACGAAUUCAUGUACAGGGAGUCCGGAUAUCACAGGACCAUCAACAGCAAGAAGAAGAGUACCGGACGUUAUAAUCGGUACAGAGAAAGGGAAUUUAGCUGAGUUAUAUUCAGACGGCAAUGAAGAUGAUGAAGCGAAUUAUGAUGGUAGUGGAAGCCAUAACCAUAAUCAGCAUCACCAGUUUCAUGAUCACCAUUAUUAUAUAUUGAAGCCGAUUAUCAUAUUCUUGCCGGAGAGAUGGAUCUUUUUAGUUGAGAGAUUAUUAUCUUGGAUUCUCAUGGUGUUUUCGUUGUUAACGUCGAGGAGGAAUUUAGGACGUCGGAUUUUUGCAAUGUUGAUUAUUUUGGCAGUUUUUUCAGUUUUUCUCAAGUUAACGUAUUUUUCAAAUAAUCAUCACCAUAAUCGUCAUCAUGACGAGGAUAUCAUCAGUAAACGAAAUAAUAUUGUGAUGAAAUGGAAUCAUAUCCCUCAAAAUAUCGUUCAGGAAUCUCAAUCUAAUCAAGUUGCUGCUGAUGAAACCACCGUAUUCCCGGUGGAGGAGGAGGUACCUGAAAUUUGGAAGAAACCAAAUAGUGAAGAACAUUACCGGUGCAUUGAUCGUCCCAGGAAUCCAAUACGGAGAAGCAAGACAAACGGUUAUCUUCAAAUUCAUGCUAAUGGUGGAUUGAACCAGAUGAGAACAGGAAUAUGCGACAUGGUUGCAGUUGCAAAGAUUAUGAAUGCAACUCUGGUUCUUCCUUCUCUUGAUCAUGAAUCCUUCUGGACAGAUCCUAGUGGUUUUAAAGAUAUUUUUGAUUGGCAACACUUUAUAGAGGAGCUGAAAGAUGACGUUGAGAUAGUCGAGUCUUUGCCGCCUCAUUUAGCAGGAAUUAAACCCCUCUUAAAGGCACCAAUUUCCUGGUCUAAGGCUAGUUACUAUAGAGAUGAGAUGGUUCCAUUACUAAAGAAGCACAAAGUGAUGAGGUUUACACAUACCGAUUCUAGACUUGCUAACAACGGACUUGCAAGUAAUAUUCAGAGGCUUCGGUGUCGUGCGAAUUACCAGGCACUUCGUUACACAGACGAGAUAGAAGAGCUCGGUAAUGAACUGGUUAAUAGAUUAAAAAAAUAUGGCAAACCCUAUAUAGCUCUCCAUCUGAGGUAUGAGAAGGAUAUGCUUGCAUUCACAGGUUGCAGUUAUAAUCUAACCAAAGCUGAGGCUAAGGAUUUAACAGAAAUGCGGUACAGAGUGAAACAUUGGAAGGAGAAAGAGAUUGAUGGCAUAGAGAAAAGGAUUCAAGGAGGAUGCCCAAUGUCUCCAAGAGAGGCUGCCGUAUUUUUGAAAGCAAUGGGAUACCCUUCUUCCACAACUAUCUACAUUGUUGCAGGGCCAAUAUAUGGUAGUGGUAGUAUUGAUGCUCUGUUGUCCGAGUACCCAAACGUUUAUACUCACUCCUCGCUUGCGACACAGCUAAAAAACGAUUUUACUAGCAGUCGCAUGAAAAUUGAUUUAAGACGAAUCAAAAGCAGGUCGGCAUUAGAAUGAGGGAUAUACAAAUAUAUUUAUAAUAGUUAGAUGAUUUUUUACUGUAAAGUAUACGCCAAUACCACCAUAAUUGAAAAAAUUGUAGCAGGAUGAUUUCCAUUUCAACAAUUUUGGUUUUUUUAUUGA